CGGAUUCUGCAUGGUAGGCGGCGGUGGCGACGGCCGUCGUUUUUUUCGUAAAUUCUAUUCGGAUACAACGAGUGUCAGUUUAAAACCAUGAUGACUACGACGACGCGGUCAGAGGCCGCCAACGACCGCGCGACCCGACCCAAUAGUGACAGCGAUGCCAACGCCGCGUCAUUCGCGCGCGCGUCCCCCCGUCUCCUAAAACAACGGAAUUUUUUUUUACCCCGCGAGCGCGUAACCGGUGACAGGUCCGGUCGCGUGGCGGUUAACGGGUGCGGGUGCGUACUGAGUAACGGGUAACAAGUACCGAACCCAACGACGCGGAAGAGGCCCGCUAUCCGCGGCGUCGUCGGACGCAGCCUAAGGUUCCCGCGAUAUGCGUCUCCUCUUUUUUUUUUUUCCAUGACCGGCAUUAUUGAGGGCUGCCCUGGAACUGCCGUGUGGCAUUACUUCAAGGCGGCCCACGCCGUCUUAAUUCACACCACCACGUUGCGAAUCAACCCGAAAUUAAUCAAGAGCUGAUUCGCAACGCGGUGUCGCCCCCUCCCGUUAACCUAUUCGCACAGUGGGAACCGUUAGGGAGGGUUGGCAAAACAACUAACAAACAAAAAAAAAACACAAGAACAAGAACCUAAGGCACCGGCCUAAACCAGCGCUUUCUUUAGCAAAACGGAUUUUGCGAACGCCUGGAUGAGCCUCCACGCCUCCCGGCUCCUUAACAUCAGAUUCACUUUGGACCCAACUCGGAACGUAGACCCUACACCAAAGAGUCCCGCUCCUGGGUUCACGCCUCGCACCGGAAGUAGGUUUGCAGAGCGCUGUCAGCCUCUCCCGGGCGAUCCGAACAAAAGUCUGCGCCGUAUCUCUCUCAGCCCUCUCAGAUUGGCCAUGAGUUCCGCCAGGGAAUUCAUGACUUUCUGGGCCCGCUGGGCCGCACGAGUAAUGAACUUUAGACGUUUGUCUGUGACAAGGCCUAGAUAAGUUAUGGAGUCCUUAAGUGGAAUCUCCAUCCCCAGCACGGUGAGCCGUGGAGGAGUGAACGCUUCGAUCUUGUCCAGAGUGAGGCUCAGUCCACUCCCCUCCUGCUGGAUCCAUGCGAAGACUGCGCUGAGCGCGCAGUUCGCACGAGAUCCAGCUUCCUCGGACGAGGCGCCUUCCGCCACCACCAGCGUGUCAUCCGCGUGCGGUGGUAGCGGAACGCGGAACAUCAUAGCAGAGGCCCGAGACUGACCCUUAAGGGACGGCUCCCGUAACAUGUCUGACUCUCGGGCCCGCGGCGCUUUCGUAGGAGAUAACCCGAUUGCUAAAGUACGACCGGAUCAUCCGCCCGUGGUAAGGAGGCACCCGAAACGCGUCCAGCGCUCCAAGGAUGUGCGAUCUGCGUCUCCCCCAGCCACAGCCAUCAUCCCCUUCACAGCAGUGGCGUUACGCGCUCGCGCCGGGCUCCUCGACGCGCAACCCCGGGCCUCGGUCGACCGCCAAUAUCAGUUUUUCGCGUUUUUCGUUUUUCAUCAUUCAUUUUUCAUUUUUUCACAUUCUGCAGAUGCCGCCGGCCGCCGGACCACAUCAGUGGCGGCGGCCACCAUACGACAUGGCCGGACAGCCAGGACGAAGCCGGAGCCGGAAUAGCGGUGGUAGGACUAGAACGGCGACAGCGCCCGCACCGGACGACCACAACUGCCGAGACCGUGACCGCGACACAGGCGACGGCCACGACCACGACGACGACAGAGGAGACUGCGACAGUGGCGACGAACGGGACAGAGGCGGGCACGGCGGCGGUAGGCGGCCUACGCCGCACAGGCCGCGCGGGGCCCGCGGGGCGCCGCCGCCGCCGCUCGCGCCGCCCGCCGUGCUGGUCGCUCUGCUGCUGCUGGCCGCGGUGCUUGCGUCGCUGGCCCGAGCCGCGCACUCGGCCCGAGACGUCCCGGUAUACCGGGUGCGGGCCGUGGCAGGCCGCCCAGCCCUGCUGCCGUGCGACGUGUCGGCGGCGGCGGCUGAACCUGCGGACGGAGAUGUCGGUGGAGGAAGAGUCGACGGAGGAGCUGUGCCGGAAUCAGGACCGGGAGCGGGACCCGGAGCGGUACCCGAAGCGGAAACGAGACUCGGACCCGGAGAUGAUGACGCCGCUCUGCUGGUGCUGUGGUACCGCGACGACGUGGGCACGCCGAUAUACAGCGUUGACGCCAGACUGGCGGCGGUGGCCCGUCGAGAAGGAGAAGACCAAGACGACGAAAACAUCCGACGAGAAGAAGAUGGCGGCGACGGCCUAGGAGACGACGACGGCGCCAAAGCUGCACCACUGGCCGGGCCCCGGGCCCGCCGGUGGUCGGACCCCCGGGCACUCGGCGACCGGGCGUCGUUCGUCGUCCGCCCCGGCGUUACCAGAGACCGUCGUCCGGGAGCCGGGUCGGCGCUGCGCGUCGAUCCGGUGAUACCCGGCGACGGCCGCCGGUACCGGUGCCGGGUGGAUUUCGGCCGGGCGCAGACGCGCAAUUCGCUGGUGGUGCUGACGGUCAGUGUGCCGCCCAAACGGCUGGAGGUGCUGCUGUUGUCCGGAGGUGGAGGAGGCGUCGUAGGCGGAGGCGACGUUUUUGUCAGCGCGGGAGGCUCACGAGGUGCACGAGGAGGAGGAGACAACGCCACGGCGGCCGCGGUCGCGGUGGCCACGGGCGAAGACCCGGUCGCGGCCGCGGCCGUCGGCCCGUACGUCGAGGGCGAUCGGCCGCGGAUGCGGUGCCGAGCCACCGGAGGCGAUCCGCCGCCUCGGGUCCGGUGGUACCGGGACGGACGGCCUGUCUUGGCAGCGGCGACGGAGGAGGACGAAGAGGAUCGGAACCAGGAGGACCGGGAAGACCGAGACCACCACAGGGAGGACACUCGUCGGCGAACAGGCGACGGAGGAGGAGCGGUACCGCAGCAGCAACUAACCGAGGAGGAGGCGGAGGCGGAGUCGGAGAAGGAGACGGCGGCGGCGGCGGUCGUCGAGGCCGACGUCGAGCUGCCGCCUUUAGACCGGUCCGAUCUGCACGCCGAACUAGUGUGCCGGGCCCAUCCCGGCGGCGGCGACAUCAACGGCGUUAACGGCGAUGGCGGCGGAGCAACGGGCGGAGGCGACCCAGACGGUGACGGCUGCGGUGAGCUGACGGCGGUCGUACACGUCGACAUGAACUUCGCGCCGCUGACGGUUGACGUGGUCGUGGACGGCGGCCGCGCAGUCGACAACGACGACAACGGCGGCGACCAGGUCGAUGAGGAAGAGCAAGGAAGACGAAGACAACGGCCACCCCUGCGGACGGUGGCCGUGACGGCCGGACGGCGAUACGAGGCCCGGUGCCGAUCGUCGGGCGGCCGGCCGCCGCCGCGUAUCACGUGGUGGCUCGACGGCCGUCGCUUGGACAGCGGCGGCGACCGAGAGACGACGUUGGCCGACGGCAACACGACCACCGCGGCGCUGACCCUGGUGCCGGAGCGGCCGCACAGCAGAGGAGGCGGAAUAGGAGUCGGCGGAGGAGGAAUAGUGGUCGUCGGCGGAGCAGCAGCAGCAGCAGCACGAGGUGCCUCCGGCGAGUCUCAAGACAGCGCCGCCCAGGCCCCACCAUAUGACUCGGUGCUAACGUGCCGGGCCGAGAAUGGCGGACGCGCGUCUUCGGGCUUGGGCGGCGCCUCGUUCGUCCAGUCUUCCGUUGGCCUGAGGAUACACUACGCCCCCGUCACGUACGCGCGUCUGGGCGCCGGCCUCAGAGCCGACCGGGUCGUAGAGGGGGCCGACGUGUACUUUGACUGCGCCGUCGACGCCCGGCCGCCGGCCAGCCGCGUGCUGUGGACUCUCGACGGCGCCGUCAUCGACCCCAGCCGACGCCCCGGCACUGUGGUCAGCAACCAGUCGCUCGCCCUGCAGCGAGUGGGCCGCCGGCAAUCGGGCCGCUACGGGUGCGCCGCCGUCAACGCCGAGGGCCCCGGGCCCGUGGGUAGCACGGUCGCAUUGGACGUGCAGUACGCCCCGUUGUGCCGGCCCGAUGGCGACGGGGGUGGGUCGUCGUACGGCGCCGCUCCCGGCGACACGGUGCGCGUGCCGUGCCGGGUGGACGCCAACCCAGCGCCCGCUGAGUACCGAUGGUCGUUUGCCGGCGGCGGACCAGUAGGAGGAGGAGGAUCGGGAGCGGCUGCUUCAGGAGAAGUACACGUUGCAGCAGCACCAGGAGCGGAAGCAGCACCACGAGGAGGACCGGGAGCCCGAGGACCAGCGGAUUCCCGGGCGGACCGCCCUGAAGACAGCGGAGCCCGCGAGGCCGCCAUGGCGGCCACAGGACCGUGGCUCGAGUACGAUGUGCGCCACAGCGCCGGAGCCGCCGACUACGGAAUAGCUCGAUGCUGGGCCAGAAAUGCAGUCGGCUCUAAUGAGGCGGCGCCAUGCGAGUACCGCGUGCGGCCGGCCGGACCACCGGAUCGGCCGACCGAUUGCUACGUGGUCAUCGGCGAAGACGGCGACGUCGGCUAUGACGACGGCCACAGCAACGGCGACGGUGACCGGGGCGAGACGGGCGACUGGAGACCACCCGAGCAGGCCGCGGUGUCGUUUCGCGUGCGGUGCACCGCGGGACACGACGGGGGCGCACCGCCGCAGCGGUUCGUUGCCGAGGUGUUGGCACUAGGUGAACGCGCAGGCGGCGGCGACGACGGCUACCUAUCGAUGGCCAACGUGACCGGCGUUGUGGUAUCGUCGCCAAGGUCGGUGGCGGUGGGUCGGGGCGAAGGCGCGGUAGGCGAGAGUGGCAGUCACGGGGGGUCUCGCGCCUCUGACGACUCUGUAGGUGGGUUGCGCGCCGCCGACCACGCCAUCGCCCCGAAUCGCGUCGUGGUGUUCCGCGUGACCGCGCCCGCCGGCCGACCGCUGCGCGUCGACGUGACGGCCGUCAACGGUCGCGGCCGGUCCGAACCGGCGGCGGUCUUUGUUGGACCUAGUGGGGUGGGUUCCGGGUCGGGGGAUCGACGGGGGAGUCCCAGGGACGGGCACGCGUCCACAUCGUCGGCGGCGGCGGCCGCCGAUGAUGAAGGCGACGACGGCCGGCUGCGGCCGGCCGUCGAGCGUCCGGACGCCGGUGCGGUCCCGGGCCCGGGACGGGGCGGUACAGGCGGCAGCGGAGAAUUCGGCGGCAUCGGCCCGGCGCUGGCGUGCGCCGCCGCAGUCGCCGCCGCAGCGAUUUGUUGCGCCUUGGCGGCGGCGGCGUGCACGUCCGUCGCCCGAUUCCGGCGCGGUACGACGGCGACGGCCGACAAUACCAUUGUACCGAGUGCCGUCUGCGUAACAGGCAUCGCGAGUACCACCACCGCAGUCCAUCCACCAUCGCCUUUCGACGUUCGUUUCGUCGAAGCCACCCCGCCCAGACCGGACGUUGCGUUCGCGUCCCCGCGGUCGUCGUCACCGGUGCGGCAUCGCCUACACCAGCAGCAGCAGCACCGGUACGUGCAACAGCAGCAACAACAACAGCAGCUGCUGUACCAACAGUACCACCGACGGCCUCAUCAGCAUCAACAGCUGCAGCAGCAGUUCCACCACCAGCAGCAGCAGCUGCAUCACCGGCAGCAACGGUAUCGGCCGCCGGCAGCGGCAAUGACGCUCGGACGGGGAACUGUAUUAGCGCGGCCCGUGUACGCCGCUUGCGGAGGCGGUACGUUGCCGAGGACGGGCUCCAUGGCGACGACGGCGACGGUGGACUUGUGGAGGACGCGAUCGCGCGGAUCAGUACCCGCGGCGGCGGCAUCGUCAUCGUCAUCAUCAGUGGCAGUAGCUGCAGUACCGGCGGUGGCGGCAUCAGCAGCAAUACCGGCGACGGCGCCAAAAUCGCUUUUGCCGCCGCCCCCGUGGUCGGACGACGAGCCGGCGACGGGACCCGGUGCCCUCGGCACUUUUGGCACCGGUGACUCCAAAACCGGAGGCUCCAGAACCGGCGCCGCCUCUACCUCCGCCGACAAGAGGGAGAGCGCCGUCUGAAGACGACGACGACUACCAAGCGAAACCUCGUCGUCGUAUCGUCGUUAUCGUAAACCGUAUUGUCAUUAUCAUCAUCGUUAUUAUUAUUAUUACGAUUAUCUCUGCAUUAUCGUUGAUGUUUUCAUUAUUUUUAUCAUUAUUAUUGUCUUUGCAUUGUCAUUAUCGUAUUGUAUAUUGUAUUGUAAAUAUCAUUAUUAUUAUAAUUAUUACAAUUAUUAUUAUUAU